CGUUUGGGCUAUGCUUUCGUGGGACUUCAUCGAAUAUAGCGACACCGCUAAAAGGGAGCUACUUCUAACAUCGAGAAGCAAUACCAUAGUAUGCUUCGCUAUUCUGAUCAUCGACGAGUUUGUUAUGAUGAAAUGAACUUGAACUUGAUUGUUUAGAGGAACUCGUUGAAACAUUACUGGGGUAUUCAGCUUGUUAUUGGCUUCUAUGUGAAAAGUUUGCGAGUGCUCCAAGUCAACUCUUAGAAGGUGUUUUGUUGAUCAAGAAGAUGGGUGGAAUUUGCUCAAGGAGAUCCACUGAAGAUGAUUUAGACGGUGGAAGCUUUCCCCAUGUCAAUGGACUAAGUUAUGGUUCUGGGAUGGUUUAUCAAUCUCGAGGAUUGCCUGUGAAUGACAAUUCCACCUCUUCGGGUGUUGGGGAAAGCAUGGAUAACAAGCAGCCUCUAAGAGAGCCAUUUUCUUUUCCAGAGAUGAAUGCUGUUUCGUACCCAUUGGAUGUUGAUGAUGGGAUUCCUCGUUUGUCUAGGGCCCUAUCAAAUAAAUCGAGAUCGACAAAGUCAGUUACAAAGGUUUCAGAAGUGAGCUCACUUCUGGGUAAAGCUGGUACUGCUAGUCUUGGGAAGGCAGUAGAAGUGCUGGAUACACUUGGUAGCAGCAUGACAAGCUUGCAUCUCAGCAGUGGUUUUGUGUCGGGGGUGGCAACAAAAGGAAAUAAAAUAACAAUAUUGUCAUUUGAAGUUGCCAACACAAUCGUUAAGGGUGCCACUCUUAUGCAAUCUCUGUCAAAAGAUAACAUAAAACAUUUAAAAGAGGUGGUGUUGCCUUCAGAAGGUGUGCAGCGCUUAAUAUCAAAAGACAUGGAUGAGCUCCUGAGAAUUGCUGCAGCUGAUAAGAGGGAAGAACUAAAAGUGUUUUCUGGAGAAGUGGUUCGUUUCGGAAAUCGUUGCAAAGAUCCUCAAUGGCACAAUUUGGACCGAUAUUUUGAAAAAUUGGGAUCAGAACUUAAUCCCCAGAAGCAACUAAAAGAAGAAGCAGAAACCAUCAUGGAACAUUUGAAGAAUUUGGUUCAAUAUACUGCCGAGUUAUACCAUGAGUUACAUGCCUUGGACAGGUUCGAACAAGAUUUUCGCCGCAAGCAACUAGAAGAGGAUAACCCUAAUGCUCCUCCAAGAGGGGACAGCCUUACUAUCUUGAGGGCAGAAUUAAAGAGUCAGAAGAAGCACGUGAGAAGUUUGCAAAAGAAGUCACUUUGGUCCAAGAUUUUGGAAGAGGUGAUGGAGCAACUCGUAGACAUUGUACAUUUCUUACACAUGGAGAUUCAUAAUGCUUUCGGAACUGCUGAUACACAAAAACCAGUGAAAAGCAACCGACAGAAAUUGGGAGCAGCUGGUCUUGCACUGCACUAUGCUAAUAUUAUUACUCAGAUUGAUACACUUGUUACUCGCUCAAGUUCUGUGCCUCCAAGUACUAGGGAUGCUUUGUACCAAGGACUUCCACCUAGUAUCAAGUCUGCAAUGCGCUCCAAGCUACAUUCGUUUCAGCCAAAGGAGGAGCUUACAGUCGCUGAAAUUAAGGCAGAGAUGGAGAAAACUCUGCAAUGGCUUGUUCCAAUUGCAACAAACACAACCAAAGCUCAUCAUGGCUUUGGCUGGGUCGGAGAGUGGGCAAACACAGGAUCUGAGGUGAACCGAAAACCUUCCUGCCAGACAGACUCAUUACGAAUAGAGACUCUCCACCAUGCAGAUAAGGAAAAAACCGAAGAAUGUAUUCUUGAAUUAGUAGUUUGGCUUCAUCAUCUUGUGUUCCAAUCAAGGGCUAUAAACAACAGUGGAAUGAGAUCGCCUGUGAAAUCCCCGAUUCGAUCCCCAAAUCAAAAAGGAAUUCAGCUCCGACCCCACUUGCCGGUUGCAUUGACUUCCGAAGACCAAGAGAUGCUUCGGGACGUCACCAAACGGAAACUGACACCUGGAAUAAGCAAAAGUCAAGAGUUUGACACCAGGAGAAGCAGGCUGAGCAAGCACCAUAGGCUCACUAAAAGCAGUAGUCAUUCUCCAACUAGGGAAAUUAAGAAGGAUCCUUUUCCGAUAAAGAGACCAUCAUCGGUCCCUGUUAUCAACUUCAGUACCGAUAGGCUCAAGUCGAUGGAUGUUAUAGACCGAGUGGACGAUAUCUGAAAACGACAAUUAGUCGUGUGGAAUGGAGUUGAUCAGAUUUUUGUUGUUUAGAGAUUGAAAGGAAAUCUACAUUGUUGUUUGUACAUAAAUCUCUACUUUUAUGUGACUCAUAAAUUGGAAACUUAUGUUUCCCUUUUCUUUUCUUGCUCUUUCGUUUUAGGAAUUUCAUUUCAUUCUACAUAUCUUUGAUCUUUACUUUUGUUAAUU